AUGGCGGCGCCCAUGGAGCUUGUGUUGAGCACAGAUGCUGCCGGGCAGGUGGCUAAUUGUUCGGUUUGGGAGCCUUUGACUGGUUCGGUGUUACUCAGUUACCGGGGGGGAAAUAGCACCCCCAGAGGACUAGCGGUUCUUGGGGGUCAGUAUCUCUUAGGAGGUCAGCUUGGUAAAAACUACAUCAAUGUUUGGGAGCUGCAGAGGAAGGAUCAGCUACAGCAGAAGAUUGUGUGCCCUGGGCCAAUAACAUGCCUGGCUGCUGCUCCCAAUGGACUGUAUCUUGUGGCUGGAAUUGCAGAUAGUAUCUACCUGUGGGAGAUAUGUACUGGACGCCUUCUUGCUAUCCUGAACAGUCACUACCAGGAUGUAACUUGCUUGACCUUCACUGAUGACAGCAGCCAUUUCAUCUCUGGAGCGAAGGACAGCGUGGUUCUAGUGUGGAGUGUCUAUAGUGUGUUGCACGUGGAUGGUUCUCGAGGGCCUGAGCCUCGCCACAGGUGGUCUCAUCACAGCCUCCCUAUCACAGAUGUUCAGUGUGGCAUUGGUGGUCCGCAGUCUCGAGCUGUCACUUCCUCGCUUGACCAGACUGUCAAGCUUUGGGACCUUUCUUCAGGGGACAUCUUGCUUUCUGUCGUCUUUGAUGUUCGUAUCAUGUCAGUGGCCCUUGAUCCAGCUGAAUAUCAUAUAUUUUGCGGCGGAAGUGAUGGAUCGAUAUUCCAGGUGGACCUGUGUUCUACGCCAGUUCAGAGAGACAGGAUGUUCAAUCAAGAGCAAGAGAAAGUGUUUAAAGGACACAGAAACCAGGUUACCUGUCUCUCCGUGUCACUGGAUGGAAGCAUGCUAGUAUCCGGUUCCCAUGAUGAAACGGUCUGUGUGUGGGAUAUCCAAAGCAAGCAGUGUCUACGAACGGUCUCCCAUAGAGGGCCUGUAACCAAUGCCUUCAUAAUAUCUGCCCCAGCCAACAUGCUGAGAGCAGAUAGUAAGCCAAAUUUCCCCCUGCCUCGCUUCAGCAAACACCUGCAGGGAGCAGAGGGUUGUGAGGGCCCAGAGAGCAAUGGAGUUAUCUUACGGCUUGGGAGGCAACAGCAGGGAUUUGAGGACACGUACAUGCAGAGGGCUGAGCAGCUGCAUAGCCUACUGGAUGAAAGUGAGGGCAAGAACUUGUCUGGCCUUGUAGAACAGCUCCGUUCUCGCACUUCAGAGCUGGAGGAAGAGCUAAACAUGGUGCGAAAAAUUAACAAAGACCUCUUCGACUUCUCGUCCACUCUUAUUGCCAAGCAAUGACGCCUUUUAUAGUUAAACAAGUAUGGUAAACUUAAUUUACACUGUCCAGACCUCAUUCUCAGACAUACAAUUUCAGCAUAGAGUACAAAUAAAAGCAAUGACUUCCUGUCUGUCUAAAA